AGAGGAAGAUGGCUCUUGCCUACAUAAUCACACACUCCCUUCACUUUGGUGGCAACCCGCCCACCACCACCACCACCACCUCCUCUCCUCUCUCACAUCCAGUCCCUCCCUCCACCUCCUCCUCCUCUUUCUGUCUGGAGCUCUGUGCAUUUCUCACAGAGGAUCCUGCAGAAUAAUGGAGUCACAUCAUGCAGCAGCAGGUCUCUGAGUGUUUUCAGCCCAGCACACAUCAGGCUGGAGCUCAUUUAAACUGAGGAUCUGUAAUUUACUGUAAAGUUUCCUCCAUUUUUUUUUAAUUCACAGCACAAGGACUUCUUUCAUAUAUUUUUUCUGCGUCAUGUCUUUUUACGUCGUCUGACUUUUUUCCGUGUUUUGAUGUUUAUAUGAGGGGGAUUAACGGGCCCACCAUGGGGUUUCCAACAUAAAUCAACAGUUUCUUUCCUGCGCUUGAGUUUUUCUGUUUACCUAUAACAGUGAAUGGGAGGAUCUCAUUGGGUAUAUAUGUAUAUAUUUUUAAAGGUGUAACUAGAUUUUCUGGAAGCGGUUAUGGGCCAAGUUUUCGCUCCACAGAUGGGUCUUUCGGAGGUAAAAUCACGGGAACCAUGCUGCUUCAGAUGAAGUGAACCAGCUCAGGUUUUUUUUUUGUUUGGAGGAUUUGCGACAUGGGCUGAGCUCCUGUGAUGACUCCUUUUCUCCUGAAAGCUGUUGAAUUAAGCGAGGAUGGACGACGGAAAACGGAGACGGACCCAACGUAUCGGUUAGACUGCAAUUAAAAUAUUUUCACCUUUUUUAUACAUAUAUACACACACGCGUAAAGACGCGCGCACGCACAGGCACGGGACGGCACCGGAGCUUUUGAGCGCACCAGAUUGGAAUUUAAGCGGCAGCCAGAUUUCCACUAAAUUUGAGUUUUUUACAGUGAAGUUUGGUUGUAGUGUGUUUGUAGUUGUUUCCCCUUUAAAUCUGAGUUUUAAUCACUUAAAUGACAAUGCGUCUUUAGUUCAAAUAUGCAGGCGCAUGGAUGAACAAUGUUUUAAAUUUACCUCAGCAGAAUAAAUGUAAAGUAAGCACAUGUGGUUUUUCAUUUUUUCCACAUAAAGUGGUUUUGAUUGAAAUAGUUUUGGGCUUUUUUAUUUUAUCUUAUUCAUGCAGGCUUUGGGCACUUUUUAAAUUUUAAACCACUUCGCAUAUUUCUUGGUGGUUUGGAGGCUCAGCUAUAGUCAGUCCACUUGUGCCCUUUAUUGUUUGAGCUGAUUUCCUCCACGGCCGUUCAGGGAGUGCCUCUGUCCCCUCCGUCUCUUCACCGGACAAUGUGGCUCCCCCGCCUCGCCUUGCUGCUGCUCCUGCUCCGGUUCUCCGGUGUGUUGCUGGUGGAGGGGAUCAACACGUGUCAGUCCAUUAACCUGGACAGACAGAAGUCCCGACGCAUCGAGGCGGUCCGCGGACAAAUCCUAAGUAAGCUCCGUAUCCGCAGCCCGCCAGACGAGGACGAUGACCCGCCGGUUGGCUCGGUGCCUCCGGAGGUCAUGCUGCUCUACAACAGCACGCGGGAGCUGCUGAAGGAGCGCGCGCGUCUGGCCGAGUCCGCGUGCGACCGCGAGAGCAGCGAGGAGGACUAUUACGCCAAAGAGGUGCAUAGGAUAGACAUGCUGCCUCCACGCACCGACACAAAUGUGGUACAGCCAGCAACUCCCAACCCUCACUACAGAGUCGUCCACUUUGACGUUAGUGGAGUUGACCUGACCAACAGCACCCUGGUCAAGGCUGAGUUCAGGAUCUUCAGAGCUCCCAACCCGCAGGCCCGGGCCUCAGAGCAGAGAGUGGAGAUCUAUCAGCUGCUGAAGCCAGAUGAAGAGAGCACCUCCACUCAACGUUACAUCGACUCCCGCACCGUUCAGCCAAAGGCGAAGGGAGUCUGGAUCUCUGUUGAUGUCACCGAAACCAUAAAGGACUGGGUGUCAGAUUCAGAGAAUAAUCUUGGCCUGAAGUUGGGCGUCCACUGUCCCUGCUGCACCUUCGUCCCAUCCACCAACAACAUUGUUCCCAAUAAGAGCGAAGAGCUGGAGGCUCUUUUUGCAGGGCUGGAUGAUGAGAAGCUUCGUCAGAUAAGAAAGCCCGGUCAGGUCAAAGGCCAGGCGGAUUUCAGCACCAAGACACCUCACCUCAUCCUCACCGUGCUGCCCAGUGACAGAGUGGACAACCCAGCCAAGAAGAACCGCAAGAAGAGGGCGGCCGCCACAGACACCACAACCUGCUCCCGUGGCUCAGACCAGGGCUGCUGUCUGCGCUCGCUCUACAUCGACUUCAGGCGUGACCUCAACUGGAAAUGGAUCCACGAGCCCAAGGGAUACAAAGCCAACUUCUGUGCCGGCAACUGUCCUUACCUCUGGAGUGCCAACAACCACUAUAACAUGAUCCUGCCUCUGUACAACAAGCUGAACCCUGAGGCCUCCGCCACACCUUGCUGUGUCCCUCAGGACCUGGAGCCCCUCACAAUCAUGUACUUCAUAGGCCGCACACCACGUGUUGAGCAACUCUCCAACAUGGUCGUCAAAACCUGCAAGUGCCGCUGAGUUCAGAGGAAGAGGUGAGGGAGGCAAAGAGGAGAGGAGAGCGAUUACAGGACCAGAACUGCAAACUUUCGCCGUUCAGGGGGGGAGAAAAUAAAAAAGACGAGAGGACAGAUGGAUCCUUUGUUCAUUAAUCUUCGCUGUUUGAUCACCUUUAGCAGACUUUUUCAGAUGUUAUAUUUUUACGCUUCCUGACUCAAAUACCAGGAUUUUGCUCCAAUUCUUUACAGGCAUGAAAAUCUCAUUUUUCUUGAUUCUCUGGAACUUUCCGUUUGAUGUAGGACACUGUAAAUAUGACCACAUAGCUGUAUUAAACCUGUACUUGGAUAUUAAAGGGGGUGUUGUGUGAUUUUGGUCUGCGUAAAAAGGAUUCUUUUUUAUCAGGAUUUUGAUUCCACCCGUCGUACUCCUGCGGCAGCGAGCUAGACAUGUGCUUGUUUGCUUUAGGUUUGAAGGUGUUGAUAGGGAGGAGGUGGUGUGGAAAAGGAGUGCAGACUGAGAUCCUCAGGGCGAGGGAGGCAAGGGAGCAGAUAUAAAAGAGAGAGGGAGAGAGAGAGAGAGAGAGAGUAGCUGUGUCCAGGCACAGGGCUCUGCCAGCUCUCUGCGGUCCCGGGCUGAAAUCUGCCCGGCGUAAACAGGAUGUGAAAGAUUUCCAGACACCGACCCGACCACUCACGGAACGCUAGAUUUAAACGCUCCCCUCAUCUCCUCUGUCUCCCUCUCUCUCUCUCUCCCUCUGUGUUGCUCGAGGUUCUGGGAUUUGUGGUGGGAGGAGAGAGGGAGAGAAAAGAGAGGCUUUGAAAAUGAGACGUGGGAUGAUAGGGCUGUAUUUGGAACGGCUACAAGUUUGGAAGGUGGUAUUUUGCAGCCUUAGCAAAUUUGUAACUAUCUGGGUCUGGCUCAAACAUUUCAGUAAUCGCACUCUCAUGCUCAUUUUCUGAAUGUGCAUUUAUUAUCUCAUUGUAAAAAAAAGCUGUCAACUCAUUGGGAUUCCUGUGCUAUGACUAUAUUUUGUCAUAUCUGUGUCUUGCCAUCACACACACACACACACACAUAUAGACACACUACACCCAAGUAUCCACAUUGACCAUUUUUGAUAGAAUGUCUAAGUGCUGAAAAUAAA